ACAUUAAAAUCUAACCCGCUAAAGUUAAACACAGAAACAGCAGUUUUAAAAGUAAAAAUUGACAACUUCAAAUAAAAAUCAGUCAAAACUGAAAUCAAACCACACUAGUAUGUUUUUUAUCCCAUAAUUCUGAUGGAGAACCAAAAUUACCCGAACACCGUAAAUAGUAACCAGCUAUGAGACACGAGCUGUCGACCGGGUCCCUGGUGAAGUUGUUAUCAUUCCUGUUCUGGAACUGGGUGUACUUCGAAACGGUAGAGAACUCACACGACGAGAGCCCCGAAUGGUGCUCGAGAGUAGUGGCUCUACUGCACAGCAGCAUCGCUACUUUGGCAGGACUGACGCAAUGCAAAUGCAGGACAUUCACGUGGCGAUUAACUCGAUACAUACUGCCAUGCCAGUAUUUGUUGAUGGUGUGGUCGUGGGGCUACUUCGCCUUCGACCUGCUGUGGUGCCUGGCGUACUGGACCGACAGUGUCAUGUUGUUGUCCCACCACACGUGCGCGCUCCUCGCGAUCACUAGAUAUAUGCAAAAAGGACACUCUGGGUGCACGUUUGCUUGCACACUCGUACUUCUUGAGAUCACCAACCCUCUACUGCAAAUAAGAUGGUUCCUCAAAUACCAUGGUUAUGGGAAAAGCAAAGCCUAUUUCGCAGUUGAGGCGGCAUACCUUGGUCUUUUCCUCUUCCUACGAGGGGUCGUUGGCACAUUCCUGAUGAUAUGGAUCUUUGGAUGGAGCGACUUUGACUGGGAGGAGAUAUUUUACUCUCUUACAUUCUAUGUGAUCUCCAUGAUAUUCGUGUACGACGUUGUUGGCUACGUCCGCCACAAAUACAAAAAUGAAAUCGUUGAUUGCAAAGGCUAUUACUAUGCAACCUGUCUCCCCGAUGACAUGGUUAUUAAAGGGCCAGGAACAAGCCGUAAAUACGGGACUCCUUUGAAAGAUGAACUCGAUAAAGCACAUAUUUGCUAAAAUAUGGUUCAAUAUGUACUGCAGUCAAUAACAAAAAGUUUUGCUACGCAAACAGCACUUCGCUAUUUAAAUUGCAAGACUUUGAGGAAAAAAAAACGUAUAUUAAAACUUUAUUAAAAUUAAACCUUAAUGUUACAAAACUUAUGUGAUAAAUGUAAGUCAUUUUUGCAGUGAAUGCCAAAAGAGUGUUGUGAAAUUAAUAUAAUAAGACAAAACUAAUUUGUGUUAAAAUAUAUUUUUCUAUGAAUUCAUGACAUACUCUUGUGGAAGACAGUAUUUAUUCACUAUUUCACAAUAGCUUUAAUCAUUUUUAUAAGUUAUUCUGAUUUUUAAUAAAAAGUAACAGAGAA